AUGGGAUUGUUUGACAGAAGGAAAAACGACGUGCAGCAGCCCUCGGGCACGGUCACGGUUGAGGAGAAAAGCACGCCGGGUGGGACGCCAACGCCCCUCACGCCUGUGGCUCGAUCAGCAGCUGAUCUCCCAGCUCAAAUUGAUCAGGAUGGCAACGCUGCCACGGAGGAAGCAGGGGGAAAGCGACGAGUCACCAAGCUGGCUGUUUUGCUGGGUUCGAUUGCUUCCAUUGGAGGAUUCAUGUUCGGGUACGAGUCGGGUCAGAUCUCGGGUUUCCUGCAAAUGUCCGAUUUCCUCGAUCGCUUUGGGGAAGACGGGAAGUUCACCGCUGUUCGGCAAGGAACCAUAGUCAGUCUCCUCUGCGCGGGUACACUGGUUGGCUGUUUGGUUAGCGCGUGGACCUGUGACAAAAUCGGACGACGUUACACUAUUUCUGCUGCAGCAUUCUUCUAUAUCAUCGGUGUUAUUGUUGAGAUUACCAGUUCAACUCACUGGGUUCAGUUUGCGGUGGGCCGGUCCGUGGCGGGUCUGGGAAUUGGUGCUCUGUCGACGAGUGUCCCCAUGUAUCAGUCCGAGAGUGUUCCAAAGAAUAUUCGUGGCGCAGUUGUCUCUUCCUAUCAGUUAUUGAUUACACUUGGUAUUUGGACUGCAUAUAUGAUAAACUAUGGAACCGAGUCCGCCUUCAGCAAUUCGGCCCAAUGGAGGAUUCCUAAUGGUCUCUCCGCUGUCUGGGCGAUCGUCCUCGGCACCGCAGUUCUCUUCUUGCCUGAAUCCCCUCGAUAUGCUUAUCGACUCGGACGAGAAGAAGAAGCUCGUCAGACCAUGGGACUUCUAAAUGGUGUCGGUCCAUAUUCGCGUCUUAUCGAUUCUGAGAUUGCCGAAAUAGAAGAGAAGAUUCAAGCCGAGAGAGCGGGUGGCCAUCACCCCUGGUAUGAGAUAUUUACCGGCCCACGAAUGCUAUACCGAACGAUUCUGGGGAUGACACUUCAAGCCGGCCAACAACUCACCGGCGCGAAUUUCUUCUUCUACUACGGCACCACUAUUUUCCGCUCCACGGGAAUCAGCAAUUCCUACAUUACAUCUAUCAUCUUGGGAAGCGUGAAUGUGGCUGCUACUAUCGUCGGAUUAUGGAUCAUAGAGAAUUGCGGACGGAGAAAGUGUUUGAUGGUCAGCGCAGCCUGGAUGUGCGUCUGCUUCCUGGUCUACUCCUUCGUCGGGCACUUUGCUCUUUCAGCCUCUGACCCCUUAUCCACACCCGAAGCUGGUAUUGUUCUCAUCGUCUUCACAUGCCUCUUCAUCGUCGCAUUUGCCACCACCUGGGGUCCCAUCGUCUGGGCUGUCGUCGGCGAGCUAUACCCUGCACGCUACCGCGCAUCCUGCAUGGCUCUUGCUACGGCCUCGAACUGGCUCUUCAACUUCCUGAUUUCCUUCUUCACCACGUUCAUCACGAAUGAAAUAGAUUAUUUCUACGGGCUGAUCUUUGCCGGUUGUUGUUUCUCGUUGUUUUGGGUAGUGUACUUCUUCGUGAUUGAGAGCAAGGACCGCAGCUUGGAGGAGAUUGAUACCAUGUACAUUAUGCAUGUGAAUCCGAUCACGAGCGCGAAGUGGAAGCGGAGCGACAUUGGGGACGAGGGCAGUGGGGAGGUUGGCAACGAUGGGUUGUUCCUGGGGACGGAAGGGAAAGAUGAUAAGAAGACAGAGGCCGGUAACAAUGUACCCAUGGUUCAGUCCCCUAGGAGCCCCAUGAAUGAGACUACUGUGUAG